UCAGUCUGAUGAUUAGACUUUGACGUUACGUUAGUAACAUGAAGAGUUAGCAUAUCGAAUAGCAUCAAACACUACCAACCAACAUAAAAUAUAGAUGAUAACUUGACUGACAGAAAGAAAGAAAGAGAAAGAGAAAAAAAGAUAGAAAAAAGAAGAACUUUAUUAGUGAUAUACAGCUAUAGUGAUAUCGACUAGAUGUCCUAGAAGGUGUAGAGAUAUAUAGGUGUUUCAGUCAAUUGCGUGAUACAUGUGACAGAGUGUGUUAAAUGUCUUCCAGAGUUAACGAAUUCGCUGCUAAUUAUCAACGUUUUAAUGAUGACACUAAUCAAUCUUUGGAACAAGACAUUUCUCAUGGAUCUAACCAAAAAUAUGGAUCUAUGUUGUCUUCCCCAGAAAGUCAUGUAAGAAUAUCUUUAGAUGAAACGGAAAAUUCCAAUAAAACAAAUUACAAAUUUGAUACCGAAAGGAUGGAUAAUACUAAUGUUCCUGAAAAUACCAUCAUUGUUUCCCAAGAAGAACCAUUGGACAUUGAUAUGCAUUGGGAAAUGAAUUAUCACGAAGCUGCUAUUUUUUUAGAGGAAGGACGAAAUAAUGAAAAAUUUGAUUCGCAUCCUAGACAUCCAGAGGAUUUACCGGCGUAUCUUUUAGUUCAUAAUAAGUGGUAUUACGGACUAGAUUUAUUAACAUCUCUUAUUCUAUUAGCUUUAGCAUUCGUUGAAGAACCAGCUGUCUCAUUAUUCCAAAUGCCGGUAUGGGGUCACAGUACGAUAGAACUACUCUGUUUAAUUACUAUCGGCAUAGAAUUAGCUUUGAAACUGAGAUGGAUCGGUUGGGGAACUAUGCUGAAACAUAAACGUACAAUGAUAAAGUGCAUUACUCUAGCCAUUAUGUUCCUCGAGGCUAUGGUUGUUCUAGUACGGCAGUCUUCUCAUUUUAGAGUAACACGAGCUUUAAGACCUAUUUUCUUGGUAGAUACAAAAUAUUGUGGCGGAGUUAGAAGAUUUAUAAGACAGAUAUUAUUAACAUUACCGCCAAUUUUGGAUAUGUUAGGACUACUUCUAUUCUUCAUUUCUGUGUACACAGUAUUGGGUUAUUUUAUGUUUUCGGAAAUGAAUAGAAAUUUUUCAACAUUGGAAAAUAGUUUUGUAAGCUUAUUUGUUCUUCUCACCACGGCAAACUUUCCAGAUGUAAUGAUGCCAUCUUAUUCCAAAAAUAAAUGGUACGCAAUAUAUUUUGUAUCAUAUUUGUCGACUAUGUUAUACGUAAUGAUGAAUUUAAUGCUAGCUGUUGUAAACGAAACGUUUACAUCAGCGGAACGAGAUAAAUUUAAAAAAUUAUAUUUGCAUAAAAGAAAAGCUUGUCAGCAUGCUUUUAAACUAUUAGUUUCUAAACAGAAUCCAGAUAAAAUGAAAUUUCGACAAUUCGAAGGUUUAAUGAGAUAUUAUGCACCACAUAAAUCUACAAGGGAUAUUGUUUUAAUGUUUCGUUACAUGAAUGUCUCUGGAAGCGGUGCGUUGAAUUCUGAAGAAUUUUUAGUAAUAUAUGAUGCUACAAUGCUUCAAUGGGAAGUAGAAUACUCUAAUAUACCGUGGUAUCAUUCAGCAUGGCAACCUUUGCAAAUGUUAUGCAUUGGUGCUCACACUGCUAUUAGGUGGACAUAUUUUGAAAGUUUAGUAUACAUAAUAAUUAUAGGAAAUGGAAUAGCAAUGAUAAUCCGAUUAGUACAACCAAGUGAAAAUAUUCAAGUAUCGGUUCACAAAUUUGCGGCCUGUUGGGACACCUUGCUUUUUGGAAGUUUGUUUAUAUCGGAAGCAUUGGCUAAAAUAUUGGGCCUUGGGAUUAAACGUUAUCUUAGUUCCGGAUGGAAUCUUUUUGAUUUAGGAGCUUCCAUUAUGACUUUAGUUGCUGCUUGCGGACUUAUUUUGUUUCCUAAUGCUAUGUUCUUAGUGUUGUUCAGACCUUUGAGGCUUUUAAGACUUUUCAAAAUAAAAAAGCGUUAUCGAGAUGUAUUCGGUACGCUUGUUAUAUUGUUUCCCCUAAUGUGUUCUACUGCUAUUGUUAUGCUUGUUUUAUACUAUUUCUUUGCUAUCAUUGGAAUGGAAUUAUUCGCUGGAUAUGAUAUGAGAAAUUGUUGCAAAAACACAACUGUUGAAGAUUUUUAUAAAUAUUCUGCUAAUGGAAGUACUGCAUUAGGAUAUUAUUAUCUCAACACAUUUGAUAAUUUAAUAGCUAGCAGCGUAACGCUCUUUGAAUUAACUGUUGUUAACAAUUGGUUCAUAUUAAUGAACGCGUAUGCUAUUACCGUUGGUAUGUAUACCCGGUCAUAUUUUAUGACAUUCUAUUUGGUAACCAUGAUCGUCCUCACUAUCGUGGUAUCCAGUUUCUUGGAAGCAUUUAGAUUUAGAAUACAAUAUAAAAGAUCAACGUCUAAACACGAUGAAGAAAAAAUGUUGCACGAAGAAGUCGAAUUAAGAUGGAAUGAGUUACAAUGUAUAAUAGAAGAUGUUCAACUUCUCGAGGAGUUACGAUCUUCAUUAGUUGUUGGCGGCACUACUCUUUUUAUUGGUUCGCGACCUCGUACCAGAGAGGUUUUACAACGAAAAAUGUAUACUAAUGAAAUAACUGAGUGGAUAUCGGAAGCUAAGUUAGAAGAACGUCAAAAUGGUAUUACUGUAAUAAAUAAUCAUAUAGAAAGUAGAGAAGGUAACGAUAUUUCUGAUUCCGAACUUGUUUUACAUCGAAGAUCGCGAUCUCCACAAAGUAACGGUGUUACACAACGCACCUAAUAAUAUUCAGUAAUAUUUAUUCAAUUGUACAAAUUAAAUUCGUCGACAAUUUUCCGUCAAUUCAUUCAAUUUUUAGUAUCAUCUCAAACGAUAUAAUAUCUUCCUUUAUUUUUAUUUCUUUAGGAUUGUUAAAGCGAAUUAAAUUAAGAAGAGCACGAAUACGUCUGUCCUAAGUAGAUUUCUAUUUUAAAAAGAGAGAACGUUUUAAGAUUAACUUAUUUUAAGGAAAUAAAUAUAAUUUAUUAUUGGCGACAUGAAUAGAGACAUAAACAAAAGCAAUUAAUGUGAUCUUAUUAAUGCUGGCAUUAAUAUAUAUAUAAUAAUAAUAAUAAUACUACAUAUAUGUAGUUGUGUUGUGAUGAGUUGUUAUGUUAUGU